GCCCUGCCCCGCGCAGCCGCCGCUGCUCACGCCCCGUUCCUGUCCCCGCCCCGCUGUCCCUGCCCCGCGCCGCGGGCCCCGCACCCUCCGCAGCCGCUCGGCCCCGCUGACCCACCCCCGCCGCCGCCGGCAUGGCCCCCCGGCUGCCGCCGCCCCGUUCCUGCGACACCUUCGUGGCGCUGCCGCCCGCCGCGGCGGGGUCCCGCGUGAUCUUCGGGAAGAACUCGGACCGUCCGUCGGACGAGGUGCAGGAGGUCGUGUUCUUCCCGGGCGCGGCGCACCCGCCGGGCGCCGCGCUGCAGUGCACCUACCUGGAGGUGGAGCAGGCGGAGCGGACACACGCCGUGGUGCUGAGCCGCCCCGCCUGGCUCUGGGGCGCGGAGAUGGGCGCCAACGAGCACGGCGUGUGCAUCGGGAACGAAGCGGUGUGGGGCAGGGAGGAGGUCGGCGACGACGAGGCGCUCCUCGGCAUGGACCUCGUGAGGCUUGGACUCGAGAGAGCUGACACAGCUGAAAAGGCUCUUACUGUCAUUGUUGACUUGCUAGAAAAAUAUGGACAGGGAGGAAACUGUAUGGAGAGCCACAUGGCAUUUACAUACUAUAACAGUUUUCUGAUAGCCGACAGAAAGGAAGCAUGGGUGCUGGAGACAUCAGGAAAAUACUGGGCGGCAGAAAAAGUAGAAGGAGGUGUACGAAAUAUUUCCAACCAGCUCUCUAUCACAACCAAGAUUGACAGAGAACACCCAGAAUUGAAGGAAUACGCCAAAAGCAAGGGCUGGUGGGAUGGGAAAAAGGAAUUUGAUUUUGCUGCCACUUAUUCUUACGUAGAUACUGCCAGAAUGACCACAUCUAGAGGCCGAUACUGUGAAGGCUAUAAACUUCUGAACAAACACAAAGGAUCUAUCACUUCUGAAAUAAUGAUGGAAAUUCUUCGUGACAAAGAAAGUGGCAUUAAUAUGGAGGGUGGAUUUAUGACAACUGGAAGCAUGGUGUCUGUGUUGCCUCAGAAUCCUGAUCUGCCCUGUAUUCACUUCUUUACUGGAACUCCAGAUCCUGCGAGGUCUGUAUUCAAGCCUUUCAUUUUUGUGCCCAAUAUUACUCAGUUAUUAAAAACUAGCUCUCCUACAUUUGGUCAAGAUGAUCCAGUUAAGAAACAACCACGUUUUCAGAGUAAGCCAGAUCGAAGACAUGAGCUCUAUAAAAAACAUGAAAGUGCUGCCGUAGUUAUGGGAACUAUCGAGGAGAAAGGUAAAAAAAAAAACAUGCUGAAAGAGAUACAGCAGUUGGAGAAGCAGAAGAUAAGCGAAAUGGAAUCAAUCCUGCAAAACGGACGUCUUGACAUUAACCAAGUGGUUAACCUUUUUUCACAGUGUGUAGACGAAGAACUCAAAAUAUAUAGCUAAAACUACUAUUUAAAUGUGGUAAUUGUGUUUUUAUGAUUAGCUUUCUAAUGAAGUGACUAUAGGGAUUACAUCUUACUUUCAGUUUACCAGUUAGUAUGGACAGUUUUAAAGAUAUUCAGGCCAAACAGCUUUUGGUUGUAUGAAACAAUGCUGCAAAGGCUCUUAAGAGGUAGGCAGUGGCUUUGUCUGUAUGUGGCAUAAAGCUGCCUGCAGAGAUUGAUUUUGUCAACAAAUAGAUGCAAGUAGAAUGUAAUCACGUGACUAAACUGCAGAACAACCCCAUCUCUGGAUGAAGAACACAAACUCAGAUUUAGAGAACUCAGUUCUAGUGUACACACUUCUAGCUUUUAUAGUCAAGAUAAUUGUAGCAGAAUUUCACAUUGCUUGUAUUGAAAUGGCCAUGUUAAAGGACUUCCUAAAAUGUAGAACUUAUUACUUGCACUGAAUAAAAAAGGAGAGUGAGAUGCAUGUUGAUUGAUAUUCAACUGUUUGAUAAAAUCAUUCUAAGAUAUGUUUCGUAUAUGAACCUUCUACUCCUUCAAUGUAAAAUGAGGCUAAGGGGUCAAAGUAUAUUAUGUAACCAAAUCACAGUUACAAUUUUACUAGGAUUUGUUGUGAAACCUGAUUACAUGGAAUUCAAGAAUGCAAGCAUCCUGCAAGUUACCAUGCCAUUUUCACUUCCCUGUCUUAUUUUUCCUACCCGGGUACUGAAAAAUAAAUUAUUUACAUACAA